GGGGAGAGCGGGGCGGGGUGCGGCUCCUUCCACGUGGGACGCUGGGCAGUGACAGGAGCCGAUCGCCGCCUGCACCGCGCCUGGGACCAGCUGGGCUGUGGCCGCCUGCCCGGAGCUGCCCCGGGCACGCACGGGAAGCAGGGAGAGGAUGAUCUUUGCUGCUCCUGCCAGCAGCAGCAGCAGCCGGUGAAGGAGAGAAAAACAAGCGCAGGGAGAGCUGGGAGAGAUUAUUCAUGAUGUCUGUCAAGAAGGAAGGUGCCCAGAAGAAAUGGGCUGCCGUAAAGGAGAAACUUGGGCCCCAGGAGACUGACCAGUCAGAGGCCAACCUAGAAAAUGCAGAGCCAGAACUAUGCAUUCGCCUCCUACAAAUGCCCUCAGUAGUGAACUACUCUGGUCUCAAGAAGCGACUGGAGAGCAGCGAUGACGCCUGGAUGAUCCAGUUCCUGGAGCUGAGUGGCCUAGAUCUCCUCUUAGAGGCCCUGGACAGACUGUCUGGAAGAGGAGUAUCCAGGAUUUCUGAUGCCCUGCUUCAGCUCACCUGCAUUAACUGUGUGCGAGCUCUCAUGAACUCCCACAAGGGGAUCGAAUACAUUGUCAGCAAUGAAGGCUAUGUCAGGAAACUCUCUCAAGCACUGGACACAUCUAAUGUCAUGGUCAAAAAACAGGUGUUUGACCUGCUAGCUGCACUCUGCAUUUACUCAGUGGACGGGCAUGCCCUGGCUUUGGAUGCUCUGGACCAUUAUAAGACUGUGAAGAACCAGCAGUAUCGAUUCAGUGUCAUAAUGAAUGAGCUCUUCGCUACGGAUAACGUGCCUUACAUGAUAACGCUGCUAAGUGUUAUUAAUGCCGUGAUCCUGGGGACUGAAGAACUAAAAAUCAGGACGCAACUCAGAAAUGAGUUUAUAGGUCUUCAGUUGUUGGAUAUUUUAAACAAGCUAAGGUAA